UCUCGGAAAAACAUCAACAAAACCACCCUCUCUGGUCUAUAUUUUUGUGUGGGACGCACGUAUUCGUUUCCAAGUAGUAGUAGUAGUACGCUCAGCUGUCACUGUAAGUACACGUAUUUCGGCACGACUCAGCAUUAUGGACAAUUCCAAUCAACAUUGCAGUUGCAAUCCAUCCAAACAUAGGUCCACGUCCCUCUAUUUAGUUGUGGCCAUGUAUGAUUCCAGUGUCAGUCUUUCGCCGUAUUUCGAUCCCUUCAUUUUGGACAGUAGUUCGUUUGUGGUUGUGUUUCGGGGCUAGAACUGCGGAAUCGGUCAUCCCUUUGUGUGCUGAUUGCAUUGUAUUAUAGCCGAAUGAUUAACGCAGUGCAUCCUGGUGUGAUAUAUGUUUGGUAGGCUGAAUUUUCAACACGGAACUAAUGGAUGAGCAAUUAUUAGAACAAACAAAAAUUUAAUGUGUGUGAUAUACAGGGAGUGGAUUGUGAAAUUGUUUUCUAUAAUAUCGAUACCGAUGAGUAUGCAAUAUCUUAUGAAGUGUUACGAAAUGCCAGUAGGAUAAUAGCCGUUCCUAAUUUAACAUAAAAUCAAUAUUUUUCUUUGAAAGUAAAAACCUACGGGAAGUUUGUGCAACGGGCUGUGAUUUCGACUGCAGUGGGUUUGUGCUAAUUCUGUGAAAGUGUGAAAGGAAAAUGCCCAUGAAUAAUUGCUCAAUAACCGAAUCAGUUCCAAGGACAUCAAACAACAUAAGCGGUUUGCUGCAAAACCGUGCAACGGUAGUAACAGCUGGAGCGGAAGUUAUUGUAACCCGGGGAAAGCACCGAUAGUGUUGACACGUGCACAAAUUGCAUACGUUUGUGUAUACUAAAUACUAUCGCCAGCAACAUCUAGUUUAGUUCUACGAAAUGCGAGGGCUACACUCCAACAACGUGCAGUAUCGAGUGUGAAUCGAAACUACCACGCUCUGUAGAAAACUGCAAAGCUCUUCUCACUACAUUCCUCAUCAAUAACCGGCCAAAUGAUCAAAAAGAUCCAGACGAUGGUGCUUUACAUCGCGCUGCACAGUUAGCCUAUCUAAGGUGGACUACAACAUUUCAACCCAAAAAGUAUUGUUCACAGUAAGACAAUUUAAACCUAAUUUACCUUAGACACGUUAGUUGGAUAUUCGUAAAAUGGACGAAAAGGAAAUUCAGUUUUUGCCAAAGCCAAGAACCAAAGCAAAAAUGCCUAAGGUGGGAUGCAUGCGGUCAAUUACAGAUCGGAUACCGGCCCGUUUGGUGCUAUACUUUCUGUCCUGGUCCGGAUUUCUGGUAUCAUUCAUGAUGCGCAAUGACAUCAACUUUGCCCUGGUGGCAAUGGUGCGGGAUGGAACCUCCAACUCAUCGGUCAAUGAUCACUGUGUGCCCUCAAUGUCGAACAGCGCAGAUAGCAAUUUCUCAUCGUUGCUCAAUGAUACAGACGACACAGACGUUCUGUUGCCGGAAGUGACACGAGAAAUCAUCGGUGAGUUCGAUUGGGACUCGACCGUCCAAGCGGUCAUCAAAGGCUCCUUCUAUUGGUGCUACGUGCUGUCGCAGGUCGUUGGUGGUGUUGCUACUCAAUACUUUGGAACGAAGAGCGUGUUCGGGUGGAGUCAGUUCCUGACGGCUGUGUGUAGCUUAUGCAUUCCAUAUGCAUCGGAUAUACAUUACGGUGCGGUAGUUUUGCUGCGAUCGAUUCAAGGCUUCGCCAGUGGAUUAACCUGGCCGGCGAUGUAUGCUAUUGUUGGCUACUGGAUUCCACCAGUCGAGCGAAGUCGAUUUAUGUCCAGUUUUCAAGGUUUUAGUAUUGGAAUCGGCUUAACGUAUCCGCUGUGCGGGUUCAUAAUAGCUUACUUCGGAUGGAGAUUGGUUUUCUACACAACCGGGACGAUUGGAAUGGUUUGGUGUAUUUUCUGGUACCUUUUGGCUUUCAAUACUCCACAGGAACAUCCACGAAUUACACCGGAAGAACUAGAGUACAUCGAGUUGAAUGUGAGCGAAGAUAUCAAAAAUGGACAGGGGAUGAAGGUGCCUUGGAAAAAGAUUUUCACCUCGAUGCCAGUGUGGGCCAUUGGACUAACCACCUUUGGUCGCAUUUGGGUGCACUACACAUUCAUUAUGUCUGGUCCCGAGUACAUGCAGAAAAUCCUCUGCUUUGAUAUUAAAGAAAACGGCCUGUUGAGCGGGACGCCUUUCCUAUGUUCCUAUUUAUCGUCGGUGCUGUUUUGUUACAUCGCCGACUAUUUGAUGGACAAACGACUAAUGACCCUGACGAAUGUACGCAAGCUCUUCACGGCUCUAUCGCAGAUUGUCCCCGGCGUGCUGGUGCUGCUAGUCGGUUAUCUAGGAUACAACAUUCUGGUGGUGCUGAUAUUGUGGUUCGUGGCAGUCACCUUCAUCACGGCAUCGUAUGCCGGCGCCAUGGCAAACAUAGUGGACAUUGCACCGAACCUGGCCGGACCGGUGCUGGCCUUCGCACAGACGAUACACAUGACAGCGUCGUUCCUCCAGCCACUGGUCAGUGGAGUCAUGGUAACCGAUGCGCAAAAUAUCAACCAAUGGCUUCAGGUGUUUGGCGUGAGUUCGGUGAUCGCCGUCAGUAGUUAUCUGGUGUUUCAGAUAUUCGGUACUGCCGAGAUUCAACCAUGGAACUAUCCGCUACCGGACGCGGAAGUGAUAUCGACCGACGAUUCAGCCGUCAUUGCGAAUCAACCGAUGCUGAAGGUGGGAAGCGCGGGAAAUGGGCUCAAGUUCGAUGACGAGGACGACGACGAUGACAAUAAUGAUAACAGCGAUAAUUAGAGUGAGCUUUGUAUGUGUAAACCUAGUCCUACAUGUGUCGGAUCAAUACUAUUCGUUUGUUAAAAAUUGAAAUUCCAGAUAGUGGCAACAAAUUCUAAUAGACUAAGAUGUAGAACAACGUGAUUUGAGGUUUGAAUACCUUUUUCCGGGUGUCUCCUAGGGGAUAAUUAAAUCAGUUGAAUGGUUCAUUUUGUAUAUAAUACACACUAUGUAUACGAUACGUGUGUCCAUUGGUUCGAAUUGUGCUUUAAUCAAAAGUUCAAUAUUGUGAAGCAUACAGUGGUGAUAAACCAAUUCCAAUGACAAAUUCAAAAAAUAUAUACUAAAGAAAUCAUCAUUGUCAUUUGCAUGCACAGUUAGUAUUUAACGUUGAAUUAUUCCAAAUAAAACUAAACAGACACGUGUUGUGUAUAUAUAAGGUAUGUAUAUUUACUAAACUAACUGAACUAGGUGAGAAGGAGAAAUAAAUAAUGUGGAACAGUUAUUACUAGGAUUGUUAAUUAGUAACUUAGUUAAAGAUCUCACUUUCUUUUAAAGUUGACAGUAGUCAACAUAACACUGUUUUAUAACAAACUUAAGCGAGACAAUUAUAUCUUAAGAACAUGUACGUUUUAUUAC